UCAUUCGUUUUAGUUCUAUUCGAAGCACACAAUGUGCUCAGAGAUUAAUAAACUUUAUUAGAUUCAGAGACAAGAGCUUGAGAGCCCGAGCACUGAUGAUGGAUUUAGUUGGAAAACAUGAAUUAAUAACAAGCCAACACAUAGAAAUGAUAAACUGCACAAAACACCAACUAAAGAGUAAUAUGGUGUUGACAUCACUAGGACCUGACCACUGUGACUUGCACAUACUAGAACACCUCCCGGAAGACAAUCAGACAGAAUUAGUGGAGACAAGUCACAUACUAGUAGUAAAACCUGAAGGAAGUGAUGAUUCUAUGUCGGUUGAUGAAGACACGGCAGUGAUGAAUGAAACUUGCAGUAAUAUCUAUGAUUUUGUUCAGUAUCCAUUAAAGUACGAAAGUGUUUCCUAUCAUUGUGCACUUUGUUUGGAGGAAUUUGUCCAUGAACAUGCAUACAUGCAACAUAUGAGCAUGCAUCUGCAGAACGGCGACGGUGCUGGUGAAUGUGACACGUCACAAGUGUGCAAGCCUCAUACAGCUGUGAGCUCGAGCUGCUCACACUCUUCACUCAUCUCUGAGAACAAGCAGGCAGACCCUAGCCCUUCCGCACACGCCGCGGAGACCUUAGCCGUUCCUCUGUCCGCGAGUCUUGCAACAAUCAACGAGAUAAAGGAGCCAUCAACUGAGGAUGCCGAUAUGUACAACAGUUGCCAGUACAAAAGACUAACAGAUUGUUUUGUCAAACUAUAUGAUAUUUUCUCUGAGAAAGUUGUCCCAAGACAAGACAGAUCACUGACGAAAACACAAAAAGCUGUUAGAUCUUGUGUGAGUCAGAACAUUGCCUCUAAAGAUAUCAGUUAUCAGGCGACAAGUCAGAGUGGAGUCCUUACAACAGAAUACAAUGAACCAGUCACCAAUGAAGAGAAUCUUACUGUAUCAAAAACUGUGUACAUUUGUGACUUUUGUCAAAAAGUGUUUGAACAAAGAAGACUUCUAGUAAAACACAUUCAGCGUCACGCGUUAGUAAAUAGAUUUACUUGCAAGAUAUGCCAGUACAAAUGUAACUAUAAAUGUUAUUUAGUGAGGCACAUGAGUAGUCACACUGGUGAAAAACCAUAUUCUUGCAAGUUAUGCAAGUAUAAAUGUAACGACAAGAGUAGUUUAGUGAGGCACAUGAGAACUCACACUGGUGAAAAACCAUAUUCUUGCAAGUUAUGCAAGUAUAAAGGUAACCGAAAGAGUGAUUUAGUGAGGCACAUGAGAACUCACACUGGUGAAAAACCACAUUCUUGCAAGUUAUGCAAGUAUAAAUGUAACAGAAAGAGUAGUUUAGUGUGGCACAUGAGAACUCACACUGGUGAAAAACCAUAUUCUUGCAAGUUAUGCAAGUAUAAAGGUAACCAAAAGAGUAGUUUAGUGAGGCACAUGAGAACUCACACUGGUGAAAAACCUUAUUGUUGUAUAUUAUGUAACAUUAGAUACGCAUCAAACAGUAGCUUCAGGGCGCACAUGAGAACUCGCCACUAAAGCCCUUAUGUCUAUUGCGUAGUUCCGAGUAUCUGACACGCACGUCAAACUACACCACGCACCCUGACUCGACUCGCUCGCGAGCAUUCGCGUCACUGAUUGACAACAUGGCGGCCAUCGUUCACGACGUAAACACGGUACUCCUUCACAGUGUAAAUAUUACGUAAUAAUUAUUAAUUGUAUUACACUCAUCUCAUUCACUAGUUAAGGGGGCUCUCUCCGCCACUCGUUUCAUACAAUCGUAGUUCCAAUUUCAUUUGAAUAUUAAGCAACCAAAGUC